AUGAACAAGGAAAUUGAUGCUGGUACCAGCGUGGAAGGCUCAUCCAAUACUCUUCCCUCACAAGAGAGCGAUGCGGUUGAGAAUGCAUUUUCUGCCCACGACCCACACGCCGUAGAUGCGAUGGAAAUCGUGCCUGGACCCAAUGUAUCGACUGCUACGCCGGGGAAAGGACUGGAGAAAGAAUUGUUAGCACUUCGCGAUUCUGAAUCUCAGCCUAUGACCGCGACUAAUUCCACCUCUUCCAAUCGAUCGAUUAAGGAUGCCGGAGCCAACGGCAUGGGCGGAGCAGCUUAUGGCACUCGUUCACGCAAUAGAACCGGUACAUCACGACCCAAUUAUGCAGAAGACAAGGAGAUGGACGUGGAUAUCGAAAUAGCAGCGGCCAUGAAAGAGGGACGCAAAGCGACUCGGGUCAAUGAUUCUCGCCCGCCAACUUCUACGGAUAAUGGGCUGUCGACAACUCCUGCGAAGAGGAUAAGCGCUCCUGAACCAGAACCUGUCGUAACGACACAAAAUUAUAACAAGGAACUAAUUCCUGGCACUUCUACAUUCUUUGCGAAUCCAGCACUACCAACGGCCCACAAUUCCAAGAAAAAGAAGCCUCCUGCCCAAAUGACCUCAACAGCAACUACAUUUUCAUCGCCAAAUGUCGUGCAGAAUGGUUCAUCGGUACAUAAAAAUACUCCCAGAGUGCAAGAAUCAAACAUGCUGAGCUUCGAUAACUGCGGGGCACGUCUAAGGAACCGAAACCUUAUAGCGGAUGAUGGCACCAUGCUUUCAGUCAAUGAUCACGUGUAUCUAGUUUCUGAACCUCCCGGAGAACCAUAUUAUCUUGGUCGAAUUAUGGAGUUUUUACAUAUCAAUAACGACUUCAAAGAGCCUAUUGACGCAUUGCGGCUCAAUUGGUAUUAUCGCCCCAAGGAAAUCGGCCGUAAGGUUAGCGAUACACGUCAAGUGUUCGCAUCCAUGCACUCCGACGUGAGCCCUCUCACAGCUUUACGUGGAAAAUGUCAGAUCAAGCAUAAGGCCGAAGUUGAAAAGCUGGAUAAUUUGAGAAUGACGAAAGACAGCUUUUGGUACGAGAAAUUGUAUGAUCGUUAUAUUCACCGAUACUACGAUGUCAUACCUACUUUUCAAGUUAUAAAUGUACCAGCCCCAGUCAAGAAAGUUCUCGAUGAGCGCUGGAAGUACAUCAUCGUGGAGGCGGGGCGUGGCAAAGAUUAUACUAGUGCUGUGAAAUCAUGUAAACGUUGCAGCAAUUACAGUGCAAGCAACGCAUCUGUUGACUGUGCAGUUUGCCACAAUACCUUUCACAUGAGUUGUGUCAAUCCGCCAUUACUAAAAAAACCCUCGCGCGGCUUCGCUUGGGCUUGUGGACCUUGCAGCAAGGCUCAAGAGAAGAAACUCGAGGCUCGUAAUACCCCAAAUAUCACCGAUGGAAUCAUCGAUGCCGACGAUGACGAGAUGAAUGAAGACGAUGAUGAUUUCCCUUCAGCAAUCGGCGAUGCACUUGAUUCGAACGGGAAUAUAUCACCAGGUUCUCAAGAUAUUGAAAUGUCUGCUCACCCAGGCACCGCAGAGCAGGUUCACCAAGCAAGCUUAUGGCUCUUUCGCUAUUUGGGCAUACAUUGCCGAGUUGAGGAUGCAUUAGAUUACGACGAUCGUAUAUACCCAAGAGCCAGUUCUCGGCUUGGGACCCGUCAUCAAGCCAAUGUCACAGCAUGGCCUGGUAGACCGGUGGAGUAUGUCAAGGCUGUAGAAAUCAAGAAAAAAUACAUCAAGGGAGGAAGCAGCAGCCACAGAAAAGAUGCAAAGCUAUCAAAAGAGACCGUAGCUGCACUAGAAGCCGACAAAAUUGCACGAGAAAAAAGGCCGAUCUGGGUAAUGGAUGAGCCAAAUGGAUAUACUCAUCGAGGUGAUGAUACAGCCAAUGAUGACCCCCAAAAUACGGCGGUUUUGCAAUUCAAAAUUCCAGAAGUUGGCGAAGUUUCUUCCAGCGCCGCAAGGGGCAUGGAUGACGGGGUGUCGCCCUCAGAUGUCCCUGCCUAUGAGCAGUUGGUCAAUGAUUAUAUGAUUCGUGCGAGAGCAAUGGCCCAACCUCUAGGCCUACCAGAAGCUUCAACCAAUUUGCUCGAUGUAGCCCUACAGCUGCUCUAUACAAAUAACUUCGAUGUCGAUGGAGCGCUUGAAGCACUCUCCAAAACUGACAAGAAGAUAUUCAAGGAGCCAGAGCUGAGUUCCGCCGAGCUGAAAAAAUUCGAGGACGGUGUUGCUAAGUUUGGGUCCGAGUGGCUUAACAUUAAAAGGCAUGUGAAGACUAUGAGUCCUGCUGAUGUUGUACGAUUUUACUACACAUGGAAAAAGACGGACAGGGGAAAACAUGUGUGGGGUAAUUAUUCAGGACGUAAAGGCAAGAAGGAGGCCAAAAAAGUCGAAGCGGCUUUGGGCAAAUUACAGGAUGAUAUCGCUGAUGACCACGAUGAUUCUGCUUUCGAUAACGAUAAAGUUUUACAGAAGAAGAAGGGAUUCCAGUGUAAGUUCUGUUCCAUAAGAAGCUCGCAGCGAUGGAGAAGAGCUCCAGCCACUCCUGCGGGUACUACGGUACCUGAAAAUCCAAAUAGUAAAGGAGCUUCAAAAGAGAAAGGCAAUCAGCUUGUAUUGGCGUUAUGUCAAAGAUGCGCAGAACUCUGGCGCCGUUAUGCGAUAAUAUAUGAAGAUGUUGAAGAAGUAGCCAAAAAAGUGGCGGCUUCAGGAGGACGAGCUUCGAAACGGAAAUUGGAUGAAGAAUUUCUUAGAGAAUUGAAAGCUGCAAACGAGGAUUUUGGCCAAAUGGGGAUCAUCCCCACUGCAGCACCUUUAUCGACCGGCAGCACGCCUGCGCCUGUACUUCCAGUUACCGCAACAUCGGAACCACCUAAGAAGAAAGUCAAAGCCAAUUUGGAUAGCAAGGACAAUUCGGAUUCUGCGCUUGACAACGGUGCUAUAGUGACACCCGCGCAACCAAAAAAGAAACCAAUGGUCGAGAAACCUCCCCCCCCUCCUCCUCCACCACCUGAAGCUCCUAAGCCAAAAAUCCUUCCGUGUGCUGUUUGUGGACAGAUGGAACCAUUGGGAGAUCAGCAUCUUUCUUGCAAAGAAUGUAGAAUGGCUGUGCAUCGAAACUGCUAUGGCGUUGUUGAUAGCCGAAGUCCCAGCAAAUGGACUUGUGACAUGUGCCAGAACGAUAAAGAUCCCAAAGUGUCAAUACAAUACAAAUGUGUGCUUUGCCCAAUUGAGUCUACAGAGUAUGACUUCGUGGAACCACCUAAACUCUCCCACAAGAAGAAAAGCGAGAAGGAGCGGGAGCGCGAUCGAGUGGAGAGAGAAAAUGCUCAGAAAGCUGCAGAUUACUUUCGAAAGAAGCAAGAAGAGUAUAACAAGCCCGUCAAUCCACGAGAGCCUCUGAAGCGCACAGCCAAUAACAACUGGGUACACGUCACUUGUGCUGUAUUCACUCCCGAAGUAAAGUUCGGAGAUGCGAAAGCCCUCGUUCCAUCCGAAGGAAUCCCAUCGAUCCCUUCGAGUAGGUAUGACGAGGUGUGCAAGGCAUGCAAGAAGAAAGGUGGUGCCUGUGUGAAUUGCUACUCAUGUAGAGCUCCAGUACACGUGGAAUGUGCGCAUCAGAACGGAUAUAUCUUAGGAUUCGACAUCGCUCCAGUGAAGGGAUCUCGCCGUGAUCAGCAUAAUAUUGUGAAUAUCAAUGGUGAAAUUGGCGCAAUGUCUGCCGCCAUAUGGUGUAAGGAGCAUGUACCGACCAAGACUAUUGUUCAUCGCAUGCAUGACAUCGUUGACGAAACAGGUCUCAAUGCUUUACAACUCUAUGUACAAAACUUCAAACAGGCAGACUUAGCUCUGACUGGUACAGUUCGUAAAGCGAACCUUGUCAAUCAAUCAACCAGAGCGGCCAAUUCCGUUAAUGUUGGAACGUCUCAAAAUCGACGGACGUCUACUACGGGAGCUUCUAUACCUACUCCCAUAAAUAGACGUGCUUCUUUGACAUUAGUCAAAGUUGAGGAGGCUUCACCAGUGAACAAUGCAGCUUCGGUUCGCGGUUUGGAGAAAAUAUGUAUUACCUGUAGUGUUGAUGUUAGUCCUAAAUGGUGGCCGAUGGUUGAAGCUACUGUUGCGACUAGCAGUACCGCACUUUCCCUUGACGCCAUUUUGGAUCACGACCAUACUAAAUCAGAUGGCCCUCACAUCACCGAUGGACACUUACUCAACGGCCUAACGAGUGAAAGAAAUGGGGCUCAUGUUGCACUCGCAGCCGCGGCGUUACACAAAAAUACACAGAAGCCAGCUCCUGCGCCUGUACCUUCAGAAUUUCAAUGUCAUCAGUGCCACUGGAAGAAAAUUCGGAAAGUGCCUACACCUACGCUUACACCUAUACCUUCACCUAUACCUGUAUUUGUAGUAAGCGAUCGCGAGAUUUCUAGACCUCCCGCGCCCCUUCCCACUCCGACUUCCGCACCAAUCAUUGCCAACAUCCCUCCACCCCCUCCCUCCGAGUCUGAGCGCAAUCAUGCGGCACAUCAAUAUCCAUGGCCUCCUCAGCCUCCAUCGUAUCCGUCGAAUGCUCCAUAUAACAAUUGGCCACGCCACUCCCCUGUGCCAGCUAACGUUGCUGUCGUACAUCAAGUCAAUGGUAAUCAUUCACCGAGGCUGCCUGGAGUUGCGUCACAGCUUGGAGGGCCACCUCAUAAUCGUCAGCCUAUGCAAGGUCUACAGCCAUCCCCACAUCAAAAUGCUCGUCUAUCACAAAUGCCUAACGGCUACCCGCCAUCUCCCCAUCGACUUGCUGGACCACCACCUAUGCAUAUGCAAAAUGGAGGUUACGGAUCAUAUGUCUCUACUAGACCCCCUCAGCAUUUGACAAACGGCGGACCACCUCCUCGCGCCUUAGAACACCCUUUCCCGCAAAGCAGCGCGCCGAUGCAUCCUCGCCCGUACGGUCCACCACACGGUAGCCCGCCACUCAACCGGCUACCAAAUGGACCUCCCCAUCAACUGAAUGGCGUGAGGCCGAAUGACAAUCGUGUCAAUGGGGGAGCAAGUGCGAGUCCAUCACUGCGAAAUCUACUUUCCUAG